AUGAUGUCACAUUCAUCUAGCUUAGGAUCUACACAUCCUUGGAUUAAAGAACUGAAAUCUGAAGAAAGGGGGUUGUAUUUGAUCCAUUUGUUGCUCACUUGUGCAAAUCAUGUAGCUUCUUGCAAUCUUGAGAAUGCAAAUGCUGCACUUGAGCAAAUUUCCAUGCUUGCUUCUCCCAACGGAGAUACUAUGCAGCGAAUCGCAGCGUAUUUUACCGAAGCGCUCGCUGAUAGGAUACUGAAAACAUGGCCUGGUCUUCAUAAAGCACUCAACUCUACUAGAAUGGUUAUGGUUUCGGAAGAGAUUCUUGUGCAGAAGCUCUUUUUCGAGCUUUUUCCUUUCUUGAAGGUAGCGUGUGUUCUUACGAAUCAGGCUAUCGUUGAGGCGAUGGAAGGGGAGAAAAUGAUUCAUAUAAUUGAUCUCAAUGCUGCUGAACCUGCUCAGUGGAUUGCGCUUCUCCAAGUUUUGAGUUCGCGUCCUGAAGGUCCUCCGCAUUUGAGAAUCACCGGGGUGAAUUCGAAAAAAGAGGUUUUGGAUCAGAUAGCUCAUAGACUGAUCGAAGAAGCUGAGAAAUUGGAUAUACCAUUCCAAUUCAAUCCUGUUGUUAGCAAAUUAGAAAACCUCGAUUUAGACAAACUUCGCGUAAAAACCGGGGAGGCAUUAGCAAUUAGUUCGAUUCUCCAAUUACAUACGUUUUUAGCCUCAAAUGAUGAAACCGUGAAGAGAAAAUCUCCUCUUUUGUUGAAAUCUCCAAAUGGAAUUCACUUGCAAAGAUUCCAGCCAAUCAACCAAACUACCUUAGGCAAUUUGCUUGCGAAAGAUAUGGUUAACAGAUAUACCAAAAGUCCCGACUCAACCUCGUCAUCAUCACCAGCUUCUUCAAACACUUCAAAUUCAAUGAACAUGGAGAAUUUUCUCAACACAUUGUGGAGUUUAUCACCAAAGGUAAUGGUUGUAACAGAACAAGACUCUAAUCAUAACGGCGCAACCCUUAUGGACAGGCUACUAGAAGCUCUAUAUUCUUACGCAGCAUUAUUCGACUGUUUGGAAUCAACAGUCUCACGAAACUCAUUGGAAAGAACAAGAGUCGAGAAAAUGCUUUUCGGCGAGGAAAUCAAGAACAUUAUUGCCUGCGAAGGGUUAGAACGAAAGGAAAGGCACGAAAAACUUGAUAAGUGGUUCAUGAGAUUUGAUUUAGCUGGUUUCGGGAACGUGCCUUUAAGUUAUUUUGGUAGGUUACAAGCAAGAAGGUUUCUGCAGAAUUACGGCUGCGAAGGAUAUAGAAUGAGGGAGGAAAAUGGUUGCGCGGUAGUAUGCUGGCAAGAUAGGUCCUUGUUUUCGAUAUCGGCUUGGAGAACUAGGAAGUAA